AUGAAAGUCAACACAAAUAAAUUCACAUUGAAAAGUUUCUCUCGUCGUUCCCAACGAAAAAUAUGCUUAGAGAAAAAACUGCAAAGAUUAAUCGUGGGGAAGGAUAUCAGAUCUCUGGUAAACUCACACACAUCACAAAACUCCCAUGAACUGUCUCAACGCUCGUUAAACACAAAUGAUCGUGUACAAGAUAUUUUAGGGUAUCGAGACAGUAUUCAAAGUUUAUUCUCUGGAUUUGAUUCACGCGUUGUGUCAUUGAAUGCCACUAAUGAAAACAUCAACUAUGCGCAACAAAACACUGGACCGCUCGAUUCAAAACAUUCGAAUGGCGAUGAUGAUGAUAUAGACACAGAUUGGCUUUCGGUCUCUUCUGAGGAAGAAGACCAGAAUGAUGACGUUCUUGAUGGCAGCAAUGACAAAAAAUCUGAUGGAAACAUUCCCGGAGGAAGAAAAUAUCAAGGUUCAACUUCAUCAUCAUCAAGAGCAUCACUGAACUCAGAUACCAAUCCAGGAGAAGGACAAGAUGAAAAAUUGGGAUCAGAUAAUGGCCGUACUCAUAGUAGUUUAGAAAUAGCUAUACUUCUCGCAUUAUUCCGACAUCGUUAUUCCUUAUCCAAAGCUUGCACUACGGAUAUUUGCCAUUUGUUACGUUUGCUUGGAGUACAAAAUGUUUCUGCAGAUUAUCGAUCAAUAUACAAAUUAAUUAAUCCGCUUGGGAAUUCAAUGUUUCUGCCAAAAUUAACUAUUGUUUGUCCAACCUGUUGUCGAAUUAGUACGAAUUCAGCAAAAUGUCCACAUGUUGAUUGUAUUAGCCAUGCUUGUUACACAAGAGCACCAACUGUAAAUUAUACAUUUAAUCUCUCAAAACAAAUCAAAUCUAUUUUGGAACGUGUACCAUUGAUGUAUACUAAGUCAUAUGGAUGUGCAUUGGCUGACGUUGUUGAUGGAUUGGCGCAUUCAAGAAUUCGAAACUCUGAAAAGGGUCCAUUUGUAACGAUCACACUGAAUUCGGACGGAGUUUUGGUCAAACACAUUUCACGAUCAUUGUGGAUUACUACAAUGAUAAUCAAUGAGCUUCCGCGAUCUCUUCGAUUCCAGCUACCAAAUAUGAUUAUUGGGAUGAUUUCUUAUGGCUCACAAAAGCCUAAGCGAGCAGAGUUCCGUCCGUUGUUAAACAACUUAGUGGAUGAAUUGGUUAAAUUAGAACAUGGAAUUGAUGUGCAUUUACCAUCAGCAGAUAAUCUUGAUUCAUCUCCACACUGUUUUACCACUCGUGUUGCCGUAUAUUUGCUUGGUGUUGUCGCAGAUAAACCAGCCCAAUCAAUUAUUCAAAAUACAGUUGACAGCGGAGGCUUUUAUGGAUGUACCAAUUGUCACAUAGCUGGUGAAAGUGUGGCUGCUGGAAGAGGUUUCAUUCGAUGUUUUCCAACAAAUCACACGAAUCUACCUGAACUUCGUUCAAAUAAGACUUACGAUGAAGCGAUGAAAAUUCUCAGAAAGAGUAGUAAACAACGUGUAGGUCGAAAUUCGUUAACAGGGACGCAUACUGAUGAAGCGAAAGGAUAUGUUGGACCAUGUGCACUGCGAAGACUUCGAUUUUUCGAUAUGGGACAUUCAUUCCUAACGGACUCACUUCAUAACUUAUACGGUGGUUUAUUUCUGAGACUACUCAAAAUAUGGUUAGAGCCACCAUCAUUGAGAAGAAACACUACGAAUACUAUGAGUAUCUUUGAUCGCCGAAUAAAAGUAGAAAAAGCAUUUGAUUCGAUUCAUUUUCCAACAUCAACGUAUCGAAUACCUCGGCAUUUACGUCAUUUUGGUCAAUUUAAAGCAAAUGAAUUACGACUGUGCUUGUUGAUGGGUUAUAACUGCUUUCGGAGUGCGUUAAGUUCCACUCAAUACAAGCAUUUGCAAGCGCUAGCUUUUGCUCUUCAUCUGGCAGAGGCAAGAAGUAUAAAUGAUGAAAUGGUGACAUCAAUUGAUAUAUUACUGAAACACUUUAUUCAGCUAUUUCGACGACUCUAUACAAAACGACACAUUGUAUCCGUUGUGCAUUCAGUUGUUCAUGUUAGUGCAUCUGUACGUGAAUAUGGUCCCCUAAUGAACUAUUCAACCUUCAACUUUGAAUCACUUAUUGGUACACUUGUUCGAACAAUUCACGAUCCAAGUCAACCAUCAAACGAGAUUUGUUAUAAUCUUGAAUUGCUUCAUCGUAGUUGGCUUUAUCUUGACAAUAAAAGUUUUUCAUACUCCUUCAAACUUUUUAUAAACCAGAUCAAUGCUUCGUCUAGACAGGCUCGUGCACAUCACAUUAACCGUCGUUCUCAUUUUAAUAUUCGCUUUCAUCAUCGAAUUCGAUCUUUAUUAUUUGUUGAGAAAUAUUUACCCAAACAAGAAUAUGAAUUAUAUCGUACGAUAUUCUACAAAGGUUUACGAUAUUCUUAUAAAAAACUCCCGAACAGUAGUCGAGCACAUGAUGGAUGUCUUCUGUACUGUGAUUCGUUUAAUGUGAAGAAACUACGUGUCGGUUUCUUUAGAUGCGCAGCGAAACUAUGCGAUAUUGAACAAAACAAUGUUAUUUUAUUCGUUGAACAAAUCAAACUAACGUCUAUUGCAGAUAUUGUGAGCAUCGAUGACGUGGAAUAUAAGUGCAUGAAUGUGCUGGAAGGCUAUUCUCAUCAACCAUGCCAAUUUACUAUGAUCCAACCAGAACAAAUUAAGGAAAAGCUUGCUUUUCGUUCUCGUGAUACAUCAAAACCAAACGAAUAUUACUUCUAUCGAUAUCCAAAUUUUUCUGAAAGCACAUGA